CAGCCUGUAGAUCAGUUCCAUACCACUUGUCUGACCCACAGAGCCAAAAGACUGAACACCAUUUAUCUAAAUCAUAUCUUCUGGUAUAAUCCUCUCCAAUGUUUAGGAUUUUGUAAGGAAAAGAAAUAUGUCCUGCUCCUGACUCGAAUUUUGGAAUGUUGUUUUUCCCAUUCUGAGAAAUUCUCUUUUGCUAUUCAUUUCUAAAAUGAUCCAAAGAUCAAUUUUUCUGCUGGAGAAUAACAUGACUCAUGCUGUAUAUUACAUUGGCAUUCCAACUGCAAUCUGAUUUCCUUGAAAACAGUGUCCCACUAUUAAUUUACAUUUUUAUUUUCAUGUUCAGUCUAAUAGUGUCUGGGUUUUGUUUUGUUUUUUGCAAUAACUCAUCUUUUUCCUAAUCAGCAGGCUACAGCUCCAUUUAGUCAGCAUAUAUGACCUCUUCCAGUUCUUAGCUAGAGUUGGUUGAAUAUCAUAAAGCAGCUUUAUAAUUUUUUAUAUUAAAAUAUUUGCUGAAGUCUAGCUGUAGGCUAAUAAAUCAAAACAUGCUGUUCGUGAAUAACUAAUUUGGCAGAUGUGUAAUAUUUUCAAAUGAAAGUACUUGAGAAAUGUUUUAAUUCAUUCUCCUUGAGCAUGAAACACUUGAGGUUUUUAUAAAACAGAACUUAGAAACUUCCAGUUUAUAUAAAGAGGAAGAUGUAGAAACACAGUGCUUAGAUUCAGUAAAUUGGGUCUAUUUCAGGUUUAUUGUAAAUAAGAUGGAGCCAAGCAAAAAGCUGUAGCCUUUAGGAUAGUGAAAACAAUUUGAUUCAAUCUGUUAUAACUUAUCAUUGCUCCUAUUACUGGCUAUGCCCCUCCAACAUAAAUCUGAAGAGAAACAGUUUGAAACUGCGACUUUCAUCAAUGAAAUAAUUACAUUUCUGGAGCCUUGAGUGCAGCUAGAACCUUGUUACCAUUACCAACUUGGUGAAGUUUAGGUUCUCAAAGCUUGGAGAGACAUGUUGAUCUCUUACAUCUCUUUCCAUGUCUUAUGCUUGGUUUCCCUUCCUCUAUUCUCCAUCUGAAUAGGAAGUAUGUGAUAAACAGGGAUCAGAGUGGGAGGGAGAAACUGCAACUGUUUUACACAUUAGCCACAAAACAAAAAAGCCCUGCCAGCUCACAGAAGGUUGUGCAGAUAAAGGUUCUAAGUCUCUGCAGGACACUGGACUGAGCUAUCAAAGCGGUGAGCAGGAUUAUUAUUUACAUGGCAACAGCUCUUAGAAUACCGGUCCUAAUCAUUGCCCAGUACCCCAUUUGCCAGGCUCCGUACAAACACUGAACAGGCAGCCAAAGAGCUUACAAUAAGCGCAGUCAUUGCAUCAGCGGUUUGGGGACUAACGUGUGUAAUACCCUAAGCACUGCUUUGAAAACCAGUCUGUUCUGUCAGAUGCAUCUCUCAUUCACAACAGUGAGAAAAGCACUGCUGGGUUUAACAUGGGUAUUGUUAAUAAAUGACGAAGUGCAGUUCCCUAAUCAAGUCACUCUAGCUAGUAAGUGACUAUGAGCUAUAGAAGAAAGUUAAGCUCAGAGGACUCUCUUUAGAAUGAAUGUAAUAAAGUUUGUGACAGCUGUAAGGCAAAGGAAAAAAAAAGAAGUGUUAGAUUUAAUCCAUUGCCAUCUGCAUUGAUUGUACUGCCCACUUAAUUAGACAGAAUUAAUAUUCUUAGAGACUUCUAAUUUCUUUACCAGGUGGGGGCCUCCUGCUGAUGUCAAUGACAAUGGAUACAUAACUCAUCUCACUCAGGGGUUGUUUCUUCCUCUCUCUGCCUUCCCCCACCCCUUUUGUUGCUAUGCUGGAUUGUCUUGUACCACAGCACAGUUAAAAUCUUUUCAAUCACCAGUAACUUGGGACAGAAGCAUCCUUGUCCCAGCCUUAUCCAUAAUUUUAGUUCCCUCCAUAAACUUUGGUCUCCCAUAACUGCACAUAUCCCUGCAAAUCACUCCAUUUCCCAAAGCCCCUUUCAAUCCAGCAUGCCUCAUCCCAGAAUCAGCUGCCCAGCCUGCUUUCUUGGGACAUCAGCGAUAUGUGAAAAUCAACCUGUCUGGAAGGUGCUGUAAAUAAUAAGUCAGAUUUACCCUUCUGCUCUUCCUGGUUCAAUUCCACUGACAUGGUGAAGGACACAAAAGUGUAUGGACACCUGAAUAUUUAAACUAAGUACUACCACCAGGAUAUGAGAGGAGAAGUAGCACAAUAUAUACAAGCUGACUUAAACUACUAGAUCAUCCCAAACAAACGAGCAUCACCACACUUCAAGGGAGCACCCAACCAAUGUUGUUCUCCUCUGAGCCCUCUAAUAGCUUUUGAUUAUGUAGCAGAAUUAUCUUUUGAGCUCUAGAUGAUUCCUGGGCUCGAGAUUCUGCAGUUUUGAUUGAUGGAGCCCAUUUGCCAAUCAGAAGCAAGCCAGGGUAAGCGAGGCCAUGCCCUUUCCCCAAAGGGAGGGGGCAAGGAGCAGUCUGGACCUGGUUUGAGACUGCACCCUGCCAGAUCUGGAGAACUUCGGGGGUGGGGCCCCUGAAGCGUAUAAAAGGAGAGCAUGAUUGGCAGCGACAGACAGUGAGGAGAAAGGAGCUCUGGAGAUGACCAUCCUCGGGACCCUGCCUGAACCUUGACAGUGGACAGGUCAGUGCGUGGUGCUCAGGCUCUAGGAGCUGCUCGAGGUGGUUUGAGCCUGCCAGCCUGGCAAGCAGCUGGGUAGGUGGUGUGUGGAUUGACACACAGAGAGCCGGCCUUGGGGGUAGCUCGAGGCAGCUCAGGUCCUACCCGGUGCACAUGUCAGUGCAUGGAGAGCUAGCUCUGGGAACAGCUCGAAGCUGCUCAAGUUAGCCCCGGCUCUAGGCUGAGUAACUGGAGACCUGCAAUGUGGCUCUGCAUUAAACUAAAAGAGUCCUUGUGCCCAGAGCAGGGCCCAGGAAAAGGAAGGACCCCUGGUGUGAGGCCAGAGAACCGGAGCCAGUAAGGGCUCAGUUCCCAUGGGAGCACACUGGGGGCCCAAUGUGGGGCACCAGGCUAUUGAGAGGAGCUGGAGGCGGCGCUGGAGAGAGGCCCUUGUGGGACUGGCCACCAGGGGACAAGCCUUGGCUGCUUCAGAGUGGGAGUGCGAGUUGCUGGGAAACAGGUCCUGCAGGGGAGGUGGGCUUGGGAGGGUCUACCGCCUCCGCCCUCCUCCAUUGUGAGAGGGGGCGUGUCCCCAUCCCAGGGCUCUAAAGGGGAGGGACUCCAGGGAACACCCAAUGAGGUGCUUGUUGGUUUGUAUUAUAGAGAUUAAUAUAGUUAUGGGUACUCCUUGAGGGAGUUUAUAUGGGUUUAUCUGUCUUCAUUGCCUAUAUGUGUUUAUUGCCUAUUAUCGGAACUUACCUAUAUUGUUGCCUGCGUACAUCUAUGGUAUUCCUACCUCAGGCUACCUGGGUUUAUUUAAGUUGACAUUCAUAUGUCUUUGUCCUAGGGGAGCUGGGACGCCAAAGGAACCCUGGGGCAGCAAGGAGUCCCACUUACCUCCCGCAGAGCCGGAAGAGCCGGAGGAGGCAUGCACGCUGAGGACGCCGGCGCGGGUGAUCAGCCGGGUGUUUAUCCAGCUGUAGCAGAGCAGUGGGGGCGGAGGAUGCCUCCCGGAAGGAACAAAAAGCGGCCCCGCCGAGGCAGCGGGGCGGUUGAGAGGAGGAGACGGGAGGAGCGAGCUCCUUCAAGGAGCGGAUCAGCCGCCACACUCAGUAGCGAGGAGAGAAAGGGGCGGAGCCAGAGCAGGCUCCGAGAGAGCUAGCAAAGCAACCGGCAGCAGUGCUAGUGAAGGAGCCUGCUCUGCAGUUGUCGGCAGAGCCAGUGAGGAAACCGGCUGCAGCACCGGCAACAGAGCCGGAGGAGGAGCUGACUGGGUGACAGGCAGCAGAGCCGGUGAGGAAACCAGCUGCCUCACAAGCAACAGGAUCAGUGGAGGAACUGGCCGCAUUGCAGGCAGUAGCGCCGGUGAGGUAACCGGUCGCACCAUAGACAGCAGAGCCAGCGGAAGAACCGGCUGCAUCACGGGCUGCAGGAUUGGAGCAGGAGCCGAGGCGGAAGGGCCGGGCUGGCGCCCCAGUAGGCUGUACACCCAGCCUGAAGACCUUUAUUGACGGCCGGCAAGUCGGGGGCGAGAGGGUGGCAGGCCAAGGACAAUGUGGAAGCCAGAGGAGGUAGAACGUACGGUGGCGAGUGGCCGGGGUGUAGGGGAGGAUGGAGCCCCGAGAGUACCCGCCAGGAAACGCGCCGACCCUGGUGGCUGCCCCAAGGGAGGACCCCCCACUGAAGUUCCAUCCAAAGUCAUGGUAGGUGAGUUAAGGGGUCCUCCUGACAUCAGCAGGGGUAUCCUCUGGGGUUCACCCAUAAGCCCAGGGCACAUGAAAUCUUGGGCCCGGGCAAAGGCGGUGCAGGAACAUCUAUUAGAGCAGAGGCGGGCACAACGCGGUGCAUUGGCCGGGAAGAUGGAAGACCCGGACAUGGCGGCCUAUGCCAAUGCCCAACCCGUGCCUAUGACCACGGCUGAUGUUCGACCGCCAGCAGGAAUGGCUCAGACGUAGCCAGGUGUCAUUCAAAAUGCCGAAAAUGACGAAGGAUGACAACCCUGAGGCUUACAUUGAGGCCUUUGAGCACCACGCCCUGAUGACAGGCCUUCCCCAGGACUACUGGGCCAGCCAGUUGGGGGCCCUGGUGGUUGGUAAGGCACAGGCUGCCUAUUGGGCCAUCCUGAGGGAUGAGGCCCAAAACUACGAACGUGUAAAACAGUCGAUGCUUUAUCGGCUAGAGAUCAGCCCUGAUCGCUAUCGGCGCCUGUUCCAGGCCAGAAAAGGGCCCAACAAGAGACGGCCCCAGGUACUACUGCAGCUGCUACGGGACCUUCUUGACAAAUGGGUGAACUCCAUGGGAUCCGACCACGAGGACCUGGCGGAUCAAAUCGUCCUUGAGCAAUUCCAGAACAACCUGGAGGAAAGGACGCAGCGCUGGGUUUGGCAACACUUCCCACGGAGUUGUGAAGAGGCUUUGAAGCUGGCAGAAGCUUUCGCAGCUGCGGAGGCGAGCUAACCGAGGGAAAGGAGGAGCCCGGGACCGAUGCCAGUGUUGCCGAAGGAAACAGAACGGUGACGUCCCCCUAUUUGGGGGGCUGGCAGGGAUGUAGUGUGUUUCAACUGCGGGCAGAAUGGACACCUCUCGCGAGAAUGCCCCAGCCAGCCCACUGAGCGGUGGGUUCCGGCUGACAAACCCAGAGGCUUCCCUGACCGGCACCGCGGCCCAGAGGCAGGUGAACCCAUGGACUCUAGCUAUGCCAGCUGUGAGGGGAAUGCAACAUGGAGCCACCCGAUCAUUAAGGCCUGGGUGGACAGACACCCAGUGCAGGCCACUCUUGACUCAGGGUGCGCUCAAUCCACGAUAAGGGCUGAUAUGGUCCAUCGGCAAGUGGGAGGAAAGGUCCCACCGGUGACGGUGGCCUGCCUCCAUGGUGAGGUCGAGCGUGUAGGACGGCAUUGGAUCCAGCUGCGCAUCAUGGAACACCAGAGGGAACUCCUGGUGGAGGUGGUGCCUAAACUGGCAUGUGAAAUGUUGACAGGCAGGGAUUGGACACCCAUUUACGACAUGCUGGAGCGGGUGAGAGACGUGGAGCAAGCAUGCAAAAAGAUGGGGAAUUGUGAAGGAUGGUUGGGGAAGUUAGAGGAGGACUCUGACGCCGCUGAGGAAUCUGUAAGCCUCGACCUAGAUAAUAUCACCAGCAGCGGACAGUUUUGGGAGGCGCAGGUUGAGGACCCAGAGCUUGGAACCCUGUGGAGACAAACCCAAGGUGCCAGGGAUAAGGCCAGAUCGUCAUUAGAAGAGCACCCCCGUUUCAAGAUGAAAUAAUAUUAAAUUAUUCUGAAAGCUCAAGACUUCCUCAAGAACUGCACCAUCAAACCCUUGCUAUACUUAAGAUACAUCGAUGACAUCUUCAUCAUUUGGAGUGAGAACCUGCAAUCUCUGAUUGAGUUCCACCAGAAAUUCAACGAUCACCAUCCCUCCAUCCGACUUUCUUUAGAAUACUCCAGCACCAACAUCCCCUUUUUAGACACAAUGAUCAGUAUCCAGAAGGGUAAAAUACAGACCACAGUAUACAAGAAACCCACAGACCAACAUACAUAUCUGCACAGAACCAGCAAUCACCCCAAACACACCAAAAAAGCUGUGAUAUACAGCCAAGCCCUCAGAUACCACCGCAUCUGUACUGAAGAGAACACCCGGGAUUGCCACCUCACCAAUCUUAAAAAGGCUUUCACCCAACAAGGGCACUCCUCCAGAGAGGUAGAUCACACGUUUGAAAGAGCCACCCGGAUACCACGUGAAGAAUUGCUGCAGUACAGAAGAAAAACACCCACAAAUCGCACACCGGUGGUUAUGAUAUAUCACCCAUCCCUUGAACCUGUAUGGAAAAUCCUCAAAAAAUUGCAACCCAUAUUAGAAAAAGACCCUAUUCUUAAAAAGAUCUUCCUAGAGCCACCCAUCCUAGCCUUCAGACAAGCACCGAACCUUGCCAACCUCAUCACCAGAAGCAAACUUCCUCAACCCCAGAAUACACCAAAAGGAUCCAGACCGUGCCAGGACAAGAAAUGCAAAACCUGCCAACACAUCUCCACCACCUCCACUAUUACUACACCCCACAACAGAGCCAUCAGCAUCCCAGGAUAUUACAGCUGCACCUCCAGAAAUGUAAUAUACCUCAUCCAAUGCACCAAAUGCCCUGAUGGAAGAUAUGUAGGAGAGACCAAACAACAACUGCGCACCAGAAUGAAUGCACACCGGAAAUCCAUCAAAGACAGAAACACUCAAUUACUGGUGGGGGCACAUUUCUCACAGGAGGGCCACUCUCUCUCCAAUCUCUCAGUCCUGAUCCUCAAAGGAAAUUUACACAACACUUCCCAGAGACAAGCCUAUGAGCUCCAUUUCAUCAACCUGCUGGAUACUAGAGAUCAGGGACUAAACACAGACAUUGGAUUUUUGAUACAUUACAAUCUGCCUGGCAACUGACUCCCAAGCCCAGCCCAGCCCAGCCCCUGGCUUCUUUACUUUUCACUCCAUCCAAGAAGAGCACACAUCAACUGCCGAAGCUUCCUUAGCCUGACAAAGGGUUUUUGAACCCGAAAGCUUGCUUAAUAACUAUUCUCCAGCCAUUUGGGUUGGUCUAAUAAAAUAUAUCAAAUUCACCCAAGGAACCUUGUCUGCCUAUGUCCUUAGACCAACACGGCUACAACCUAAACCCCUGCAACUUUAUUUUGGAGUUUGUUCUAGUUUGAAACAGAAAAACUUCAAGAGUUCCUUCAGAAUGAAAAGUCUGAUAUUUUUUUCACUG